GGGCGAGAGCGGGCAGGAGGUUCGUUUCUAGAGCUCGUCGUCUGGCGGCCCCAACGGAAAGAUCGGGCGUUCAGGCGGCGCUGAAGGCGGAAGGAGGAGGGCAGGCGUCUCCGGAGCAGCAAUCAUGUUCGGGCUCUCCAGGGUCUUCGAAGACGACCCCUUCUUUCGGGAUUCAUUUACUGCCCAUAAUGAACACGUACGACAUGCAUUUUCUGAACCUUUUGGGCGAGAUCCAUUUCUUUCAAUUGAAGAUAGACAAGGAGGUCUACAUCACAGAGGACAUCCCAAUUCUCAGAUGGCUUUGAGAGACAAUGACAAGGCGAUGAGCUGUUCCCUUAUGCCUUUUAACAGUUUUGGUGGCAUGGGAUCAAGUUUUCCAUUUAUACCUUUUGGCACUUUUGGUGGCAUGGCCAUGAGUUUUCCGCUUAUGCCUUUUGACUGUUUUGGUGGCAUGAACAUGAAUUUCAGAAAUCCAUUCUUUGCAAUGGACAGAAUGAUGUCAAACAUGAGAAAUGGUAUGGUGGAUUUGCAAAGAAAUUUUGAUAAAAUGGCACUUGAUCCAAAUGCUCACUCAUACAGUUCUUCUUCAGUGAUGACCUAUUCUAAGAAGGGUGACGAACCGCCAAAAGUUUUCCAAGCUUCAGCUCAGACACGGACUGCUCCAGGAGGGAUUAAAGAAAUCAGAAAAGCUGUUAGAGAUUCUGAAAGCGGGUUGGAAAAAAUGGCUGUUGGUCAUCACAUUCAUGAUCGUGCUCAUGUAAUUCAGAAAGCAAAGAACAACAAAACUGGUGAUGAAGAAUUGAAUCAAGAAUUCAUUAAUUUAGAUGAAGGAGAAGCUCAUGGAUUUGAUGAACAAUGGCAGAAGGAGAUUCUGAAAUUUAAGCCCUCUGGAGGAAGACAUAAUAUAGAUUCUCCAAAACAUAGAAGUAUUCAUCAUGUAAGCAAGGAGGAUGCUCCAAGGAGGGAGAAGAUGCAUCCAAGAACAGCAGUAGAAGGACCAAGGAGAUCUGUAUCUUCUAUUGAAAAACUCAAUGUGAAGGGAUCACAUGUUCCUCUGAAACCCAGCAGAAAAUAAUUGUGUUGCUUUUCAUGUUAAUAUGGAUGUCUUGGGAGAGGACACAAUAAUUCUGGAUCAACAAAUAAGACCAAGCUCUCUAUUCCUAGCAUUAGUGAUUCUUUUUUUUCUUUGACUACUGAAUGUUUGUGUCAAUUUCAGCUCCUUGGUAACAGUUGGCUCUGAACAGUAAUUGAAAAACACUGAGACUGAAAAGUACUUUAUGGCUUUUUAAAAGAAAAUGUGGAAUGUUACAGCUAUUUUCAUUAAUACCAACUACUCUAACUAAUAUGAGGACAAAGUUAGCACUACAAAGAUAGUACCAGUUUUCAAGGACUUUAAAUAAAUGCACUGGUAUGCUUUUGGCAAAAGGCCAAUCUUUCGAAAGUCUAGAUUACAGUUGAACUGCAAAGUCAUUAGCCAUUACAAAAUGAAGAUAAUGUCAAUUUUCUUAUUAUCCCUGAAAUCUACCCAGAAUUAGUUUUCCCAAUAUACAUGAACAGAAUCAGUACUUAGUUACAUUUUGGAUAGACAACAAAACAAAAAACAAAACAUUUCACUAAGGGGGAUUCUGCCAUCUUUGCAUAAAAAAAUUAACCCAACUCAUUACAAAUUUAUUCCGAUUUGUAAAAAAAAUACAUUUACUCUGCUUUGAUUGAAAAUUUUGUUCUAAAUUAAUUCCACAUUCUAAUCAUUAUUUUGAUAGAAAAAGUACUAAUUUUUACAAACAGUGAUUUAUAAUUGGAAAAGGGUUGUUUUAGGAUUGGGUCAGAUCAAUAGCAAUGUAACGUUCAUAGGGCAAACAAGAAUUCAGCAGAGAAAGUGGUAACUGAAGCUCAUUUCAGUUUCCAUAUUCCAUACUGGAGCAAAAAGGUGCACAGCUGACAUCAGGUGAUGGAGAAUUUCUGAAUUAUCAAUGCAUUUUAAGACUGUUUUUAGUGCCACUCUCCUUUUUUUUGAAGAUAUUUUCCUCUUGUUCAUAAUUAUUUUGUUUGUUUACUGAUUAAUUAGUUCAUUUUCAUGAUGCUGAAGGGUAAGCUAGAGAUGCAAGUGGCUGAGCACAUGUAGGUUUAGAGUUUUGCAGUAGAAAAAAAAUCAAAAGUACAGAUUUACUGAAUGUAGUUGUCAACGUGAUGAUUCCCAGACCUCCCAUUUUAAGCAAUUCAAAUUGAUAAAACAUCUUUUAAUACAAAGUCAUAUUAAAACCUGAAUAUUUUGAUUAAUUGAUUAUCAAGGCUUGUCAGUUUAGAUAUUGCUGCUCUGUAGGGAUAACUGGGAAACAUUACAGUUUUGAUAUCUGAGCUUCUGUGUUAAAAGUUCUAAUAUUGUGAUAUCUUAUUAAAUAUUUACUAAGUAAAAUAUAUGUACCUCUGCUCUUUCAAGGUAUGUAACUUAGGUAUGUAUAUGUAUGCCAUUCUUCAUACUGAAUAAAUACUAUGCUAUAUUAGAUUGACAA